CGCUCCGCGGUUGACAUGGCGGCCCCCGGAGGGCCUGGCGGCACCGCCCACAUCCGCCUUGCGUCACUUCUUGGGCUUUAAAAAAAAAAAAAAAAAAAAAAGGAAAGGGAAAAAGAUCCCUGGGGCUGCUCCGAACUCCUCUUCGAGCUCCAGGGCCCGUCGCUGACACCAUGAAGGCUCAUCCCGCCACAGCCUCCGUCCUCUGCCUGUGCCUGCUGAUGGCUGCCGCCGCCGCCGCCGCCGCCGAGGGGCUCGGAAAGGGUUUUGGAGAUCACAUUCACUGGAGAACACUAGAAGAUGGGAAGAAAGAGGCAGCAGCCAGUGGUUUGCCUCUUAUGAUUAUCAUCCACAAAUCUUGGUGUGGAGCUUGCAAAGCUUUGAAGCCAAAGUUCGCUGAGUCUAAGGAGAUCUCUGAACUUGCUCAUAAUUUUGUAAUGGUCAACCUUGAGGAUGAUGAAGAGCCGAAGGAUGAAGCCUUCAGUCCUGAUGGAGGUUACAUUCCCAGAAUCCUUUUCAUGGAUCCCAGUGGAAAAGUCCACCCAGAAAUCAUAAAUGAGAAAGGAAACCCCAGCUACAAGUAUUUCUAUACCAAUGCUGAUCAAGUUAUCCAAGGGAUGAAAGAGGCCCAGGAGAAGCUAACAGGUGAUGCUUUCAAACAAAAACACCUGGGAGAUGAACUAUAAUGGAAAACACUCAGUUAUGGUUUUCCAUCACUUCAGUACUCUCAAAGGAAACAGUUAAACAGACCAAGAAUGUAGAUGCACUGGAGGGACGUAAUUCUCCUGUCAAUAAUGUUAAGUUAAACCCUGUUUGGAGUUCACACACAUGCAUCAGAUACAGUGUUAUCUCCUCCUCUGCCUGGCAGUGUGUACUAUAAUGGUUAUUUCCAACCAGGUAAUGGCAAACACAUCAAUUAGUGUGUUUGAGCAACCACUAAUGUUUGAUAUUAAAAGGGAGGUUUGUAGGACAAAACAUUCAUUUGAAGACAAACAGCAUAAUUGAAAGAAUUGGAAGUAGCCAGCAUUUUGACACUUAAUCAUGGGUGGAUCUCUCAUUUCUCACUCGUAUUAUGUGAUCCCAUUGUUUUUACUGGGGUUCCUAUGAAUGGGCAUGUUCCUGGGCCACGUGUUUUGUAGACCUCCCAAACCAUGAAUUCUGCCACUAAGCCAAGUAGAGUAAAAUUUCAUCCAUGUUCAAGUAGCAUGUGAAGUCAUGAGCUCUGCAAACAUAUUUUUAUGUAGAAUUCUGUGUGAUUCAUCUUUAUUUGCCCCUGGGCAGAAAUUGAACUUCUUUCUUGUGCACUCACCUUUUGAUUGUUUCAUCAAGUGAAGGUGGGUUAUGUUGAAGCAUUACGGGGAAUUCCCUUUUAUUCUUUGAAUGUUUUCUGGUGAAUGCCUUGCCAUCACAUUGUACUGUAUUUUUGUACCAGGGUGAAGAAUUAAAACUUUUUAAACAUAA